GCCUCAUGCCAUGCUUGUGGGAUGUCAGCAAAAACCUCUUUUUGCUGACAUUACGGAAGCUUAGGUGGGGGGCAGUGCGGACUGACGAAAGGGGCAGUCGGUACUAACUAGGGACAGGGAGAAGGAAAAAAGUGAGAGAAGUGAAGUGACGCACCGUACCCCCUAAGGAUGGAAUUUGUAAUGCUGUUCGCUAUCUUACUAAUCAGUCAAAAUUCUUGCGUUGGAGGACAAAUAGAAGUGUCGGCAGGAGCAUUCUGGAGGCCCCUUGUGGAGACUUUGAAUUACGAGGCAACCAUACCAAUAAAGUAUACAAUGGCGUGGUUCAAACCACAAACAAACAGUACGGGCACAUCAAAACAAUGUAGUGGCGAUCACAAUUGCGAGCUGGCGACCGCUAUGCACCAGUUAAUGGAAGCGGUUGACGGCGAGCUGGAACCACAAGAGUCGGAAGAAGGAUGGCAGCUUUUUGAAGAUCAACAGCACAGAGAAAAACGCAGCCUGGAUUUUCUAGGAGAGGGACUGGCUUGGUGUUGCGGCGUUGCAACACAACACAAACUAGACUCGCUGCACAUGGAAGAAAGGGAUUUACAGAAAAAACUUCGACAAUUGGAGGGGGGCCUAUCUGAAAAUAUCAAAACGCCAAGUCAAAAUUCUGUGGAAUUUAAAAAAUAUACAGAUCAGGUCGGGGAGGCUUUUAAAUCCACGGAGAGGAGGAUUAAAGAAAUGGAAAAAUCCAUCACAAAUUUUAGGAACAAGACGAAUGAAUGGGAAGGAUUUUUCGGUACUUUAAUAGAAAAUCAAUUUCAGAAUACUAGACGUAUCGUAACAAUGUGGCGCGCGUUGGAACAAAGGGACGUAAAACUGUCAUGUCGACAACACCAAAUACCAGAAAAGGUGUUGCGGCCCCAACUUUUUCAAGCGAAUUUAAUGGAACUUCAAAAGGAAUUAAUCAAAGCAGGUCACGAUUUAGCUAUUGCUGUCACGGAUAUACACAGGUAUUAUCAGUUACCAAUAACAGAUUGUGUAAUUUCAGGUAAUAACAUAACACUUGUACACUAGACACCGGAGGCACAAUUUGUACCGACAAAUUUCUGGUUUGGGGUUGCAUCAGUGCAGGCCGCACUCCGACAAACUGUGCUUUCUUCCUCGAUUCGGAGAGGAUAAACUUCAUGGGCCUACGUGUGCACGAAAAUUAUAUGAAGGUGCGACAGUGGAGGAAUUAAGUUAUCACUGCCCCAUGAAAUGUCACGCAUCGACAUCGCUUACCAUCACAGAAGUCGAGGAGGAUUUAUUUAUAAUAACAAAUUUAAAGGUAGGCGCUUAUAUAAGUUGUCCCAGCAGUAAUAAAACCCUAACUGAAUUCGGAAGCUUAUUGGGCGCGUUAAAAAUAAAACUUCACUGCCAGUGUGCACUUGUUUACCUGCAUGAUGUAAUAAUACCUAGACGUUUUCCCUGCUUAGAUACUAUCCCUCGCAUCCACGUAAAUCACAUAACUUCAGCAGCGUGGUCGAAUCUAAAAUCUUUCAUUCUUAACCCCAUUCAUACCCACUCGUUACCAUCAUAUAACAACUUUUCGGAAUGUAUUAAUCCAAAUUGGUCAUUGACUAUUCCGCAUUUAAAUUUAACCUCCCCGCAUAAACUUCUCCAAAAUUUUGUCGCAAAUAUUCCAGAAUCACCACAAAUUUUUUCUUUUGCGGACAGUUAUGGUGUACAUACAUCCGCUACUUUAGUUGUUUGGAAUCUAAUCUUAACUGUUUUAUUAAUAUAUAUAUUUUGGAAAUCCAACCACCCAGCGAUAGCCUCCCCCAACCAAACAUGUAACCCUACCACCUCCCUUCUACUACAAGGGGGGGAAGCCGUUAGGAUAACUGUAGAUGACGCGUCGUAAAUUAUAUAUAUUAUCACCUUGUGGAUCUUGUCUUAAUAUUUGGACUCUCGAUUAAAAAGAUCGUUAGACAAAUGCUGAGGCAAUAUCUGUGCAGGUCGAUUGAAGCCUGCAGGCAUAUAUGUAUUACCCAUAUAUAGGUUAUAUGUAGAUAAUAAGUAGUUGUCCACUGUUUUAUAUUUUAGAUCGGAGAUUGAACAUAGAUUUAGAAAGUUAUUUAGAUAUUGUGUACUGGCUUCGCUUUAUCUAUUUUGUAGGAGUAUAAGGUAAUUCUA